AUACGCUAACAACCGAAGAAGAAACUGGCGGAAACGGUGAAGAGGUUCGUCCGUGUUCCGUGAUUUAAAAACAGAUCAAAUUCUGUUUGGAAUGGAAGACGAGGUAGAAAACACAACCAGGUGUCGCCUUUUGACGUUACCAUGGGAGGACGUACUGGUUGCACAUAUUUUAUCCUAUUUACCUUUGAGACAGCUUGUGGCCUUGCAAAGAGUGAGCAAGGAAUUCCACACGCUCAUUCGACUCUUCUUUGCCAAAAGCACGAGUCUUGAGCUAGUUGGACCUUGCGUUCCAAAGGAGGCCUUUUGCUCUCUGGUGAAGGACAACACCGGUCUCCUCAAGCUGUCACUUGAGAGCUGCUCCUCCUGGCUGACUGACGAAGAGCUGCUCCCCGUGAUCAGCCGGAACCGGCGUCUGCUGACAGUGGGCUUGAGCGACUGCGUGGGCCUUACCCGCCACUCACUGGGGGCAUUGUCUUUGACUUGCUUACACCUACGGCACCUCGCUGUGGCCCGCUGCGAAUUCGUGGAUGGCCCGUCCCUGCGCAGCCUGGCCGACCACUUCGGGGAGUUGCGCUCGCUCGACCUCAGCGGCUGCUGCCGGCUGAAGGAUGACUCCAUCUGCUACCUGGCCAAGAAGUGUGUGCGGUUAGCCUUUCUGUCUUUGGCUGUCAAUGAAAGUAUCACAGGUGAGGCAGUGGAGGAGGUCGCCAAAAACUGCAGGGGCCUCGAGCAUCUGGAUCUGAGUUGCUGCCUGCGGGUUAGGGACCAUGCAAUCAGGACAGUUGCUGAAUACUGCCCCAAGCUGCAGUCCUUGAAGGUGAAACACUGCCGCCAUGUAACCGAGUCCAGCCUGGAGCCUCUACGCAAGCGCAACGUGCUUGUGGACAUUCCUCCGCCACCUGGGAGCCUUUCGCUCGUUGUGCACUCUGGCCCUUAUGUCAAUAUUCAGCAGCGGCUAAAGAUCUUCCUGGGAAAGAGCUUCCUGAAUCAGAGUGGUCUUUUUCACCUCUGGAUUUGAGGAGAUUCCAAGUGGAAGUGCAAAAUCCCGCUCUCAUCUGCUCAUGCGGUGGCCUUCCCUCAACAGCCGGCUGAUAUCCUCAGCGGAUCAACCGCCGUCCACAGCUUUGAGCCCCUGAAAGCCCUUCACCAACAACGGACAGCAGAUCCUCUUCCAUCUGAGGUGGUGCGGCAGAAUAGAAGUCAGUUGGACUUCUUCUUGGAGACGUUUCACCUUCACCCCAAAUUCAUUCAACAAUCUUUGGUGAAAGCCUCGGCUUAAACUGCUCUACUUCAGCUAUUUCUUGAUAUAAAAAAAAAAAAGAAAAAAUGGUAUUCCAUGGCACGGCUGUUUUGCAGGAGCUCCCACAGCUGGAAGACCAUUUUCUUGGCCUGAUGCGAGACCUGUUGAGAACCCAGCCAGUCUCUUCUUCUCUGAUGGGGUUGGAGGUCCUGGAGGCAGUGAAUUUCCCGGCCAAUCAAGACUAACGGCGGCAGACAGGCGCGGGGCCGCGACGCUUUAACGAGGCGCGAUGCAAUGAACAUUGCAAACACGCCGGCGGAUCAGCGGCUCACCUUAAGAAAAUGAUUUGGAAAGGGUGAACGGUCUGGAACGGCGCACGACAACUGGAGCGAGGCCAGAAAGUCGAGGGAAGACGUCCGGGUACGAGGGGCGUUCAAAGACCCGAUCCAGGGCUUCCAGCUGCUGCUGGGUGAAGGCGUCGGCCCUCAGGUGUUUCCGUAAACUCUCCACACUACCCUGAGAAUCACUGUUUGGACCAGAACCAUCUGAACCAUCUACAAGGAGAGAGAGCCACAGUCGACACGCUGGCCCCGCCACCGCCGACUUCCCACGCUCUUCAAAUUGAUGGCAUCUUCCCUCCCACGGUCUUGAUUCCCAACCGGCGAAUCCACCGCGCUGUUGCCAAGGUCUCGAGGCGUGUUUAUCGAUCACGGCGGCAGUAGAGUCUAUUCAAGUUGACGUCCGUCCAUAUUAACGUGGGAGCCGCCUCCUCCGCCGCCAGAUCAUGUGACCCCGCAGGGAGCAGACGCCUCGCUGCGGGUACGCCACUUGACAGUCACGACCCCCAGCAGGAGACUCGGAGCAUUUGUUAUCACGGAAAAAUGUCAACUCAGCAAUAUCGCUGUUCCCAACUUCAGUCACGAGAUUAGCCACAUGAGGAAAAAUGGCCAGCGUGUGUGGCCCACCAAGUGGGGAGAUGGAGGUAAUUCAUUCAGCUGAGACUCACCACCCUAAUCCAAUUUCCAGCCUCCCCCAGCAAGAGAUAAUUACAAGUAUUAAAGCUGUUAGGACCAGAGGGGGGCUUCUCUGCAACUCUGCCGCAAGCAUCCACGGAGAAGGAAAAGUGGGGGUUAAGAUGGAAGACGCCAAGCUAAGGUCGAAUUGAAGGCAGGUGCCCUUUAUCUUUUGCAAAGGAGAUUUACAAUGCAGCCAGCAAAAGGAGACCUCCGAUGAUGUGCAGUCAAUAUACAGGCGACCCCGCAAUAAAGGCCUCGGCCUUCUUUUCGCCACGUGAUUUACCGAGGAGGCUCGGCCGUCGGUCUCGUCAAGUCUGCGUCAGUCCAUGCGGGCUGGGACAGCAUGUUCCAGUUGCUUUUAUGUUAACAAGAAAAUAUUUUGGGACCAAAUGAAGUUUUCAAAUCUGCAGUGUGUGGCUUGUGGCGCCCCCUAGGCUUCAAUCCUACACAUCGCUUUGAUAUGACGUAGGCUCGACCUAGCCCCUACCCGCCUCUCGUGGAUUCGAACGUUUUGAUUCUUUUUAUUUUAUAUUGCAGAUCUUCCUAAUCAGCGUUGUUGUGGUGACAACAAGAACCCAAAAAGUUACACACUGUAGCAGCUACAGUGUAGCUUAAUGUGCACUGAUAAAUGUGUAUUGUUAUUAUGGCUUAUUAUUAAAAAGGAAUAUUACCCACCUCA